ACCCAUUUUUUCCCAUUUACCCAAAACCUCUAUCAUUGAGCUUCCAAGUCCAUGACCUCAUAUCUCUCUCCAAAACUAAUUAUUUAAAACCCUCACUCUUUCCACAGCUUCUUUAAGUUCUUGGCAGCAUAGAGGGAGAGAAUUUGAGAUCAGCUUCAGAGGAAAAAGGUGAAAGAAAAAGAAAAUUAAAUGGGAAGUUUAGAGGAGGAAAAACUAGUUCAAAUGGUGGAUGAUUUUAUUGAGUCUACUGAAACACCAACUUCUUGUUCUUCUUCUGCUUCUUCAAAUUCUCUUACUUCCAAAACCCAUCAUCUUUUCAGUUUAAAGGAGAUUCUUGGGAGUGGGAGAGAAGCAGAAGGAGAGGUGGCUGAGGCUGUGACGAAGCAUCUCAGAAAGAAACUGGAAUCUCCCAAAACCACCAGUUUGAAGAAAUGGCUUGUGAUGAAGCUCAGGAUGGACGGCUAUGAUUCCGCUGAUCUUUGCCACACCUCUUGGGUCACUUCCAUAGGGUGCCCAGCAGGGGAAUAUGAGUACAUAGAGACGAAAGUGGAGGAUGAAUUUGGGAGGCCAAAGAGGAUGAUAAUAGACAUAGAGUUCAAGGCACAGUUUGAAGUUGCAAGGCCAACAGCAGCCUACAAGCAGCUCACAGAAGCACUUCCAACAGUGUUUGUAGGGACUGAGGAAAGUGUUUUUAGAAUAAUCACAAUCCUAUGCUCAGCAGCCAAACAGUCCCUUAGGGAGAGUGGGCUCCACAUACCCCCUUGGAGGACCUCCACUUACAUGCAGAAUAAAUAUAAGAGAGAAGAAACAGAAGAAGAAAAAGAAGAAAAAGGAAGUGCUUUUAAUUACAGGUGGAAGCCUCCCAUGGUGAAGCAAAGGAGGAGGCUUUGGAGUGGACCCUCUGCCUUGUCUACUCAAUUUUCUAACAUGAGUAUUAAUUGCUGCUGAUCAUGGGCCAAUCUUGAACUCCCAUGGUGAAUCCACUGAUUUCUACGCUUUCGUUAUUGUUGGAUUGGCUGUCGGGUAUGCUUGAUACUGCUGCGAGCCAAGCUGUCUCCUUUCCCAAAAAAUUUUGAUCCAAAUCUCUCUAUGUUAAAAAUGUUUGUUUUAGUUCCAACAAAGAAUACAGUGAGAAUUUGCAUUUCUGACUUUUACAAACGUAUACGAACUCACAUCGACUAUUUUGAUCCCUAUCAAA